UUUUUUCAGCAAGCCAAGAUGGAGCAUGAGUGGAAGCCUGACGAACAGGGGCUUCUACAGAUCCUGCAGCUGCUCAAGGAAUCCCAGUCCCCGGACACCACCACGCAGAGAGCCGUGCAACAAAAACUAGAACAACUCAAUCAGUAUCCAGAUUUCAACAACUACCUGAUUUUUGUUCUUACAAAGUUGAAGUCUGAAGAUGAGCCGACACGUUCCUUGAGUGGUCUCAUCUUGAAGAAUAAUGUUAAAGCACAUUUUCACAACUUUCCAAACGGGGUAACCGACUUCAUUAAAAGUGAAUGUUUGAACAACAUUGGUGAUUCCUCCCCCUUAAUUAGAGCUACUGUAGGCAUUCUGAUAACAACCAUUGCUUCAAAAGGGGAAUUACAGAAUUGGCCUGACCUCUUACCAAAGCUUUGCAGCCUGUUGGAUUCUGAAGAUUACAAUACCUGUGAGGGUGCAUUUGGUGCUCUUCAGAAGAUAUGUGAGGAUUCUGCUGAAAUUUUAGAUAGUGAUGCAUUGGACCGACCACUCAAUAUCAUGAUACCUAAAUUCUUGCAAUUCUUCAAACACAGCAGUCCAAAAAUAAGGUCUCAUGCUGUUGCGUGUGUCAAUCAAUUCAUCAUCAGCAGAACUCAAGCUCUUAUGUUGCACAUAGAUUCUUUUAUUGAGAAUCUUUUUGCACUGGCUGGUGAUGAGGAGCCUGAAGUACGCAAAAAUGUUUGUCGUGCUUUGGUAAUGUUGCUGGAAGUUCGAAUGGAUCGCCUGCUUCCUCAUAUGAUUAGUAUAGUUGAGUAUAUGCUUCAAAGGACCCAGGACCAAGAUGAAAAUGUUGCUUUGGAGGCUUGUGAGUUUUGGCUGACUUUGGCUGAACAGCCAAUUUGUAAAGAUGUAUUAUGUCGACAUCUUACUAAACUGAUACCUGUGCUGGUAAAUGGUAUGAAAUAUUCAGAGAUUGAUAUUAUUCUGUUAAAGGGAGAUGUUGAAGAAGAUGAAGCUAUUCCAGAUAGUGAACAGGACAUAAGACCUCGUUUUCAUCGUUCACGGACAGUAGCUCAGCAACAUGAAGAAGAUCGUAUUGAAGAUGAUGAUGAUGAUGAUGACAAUGAUCUUGAUGAUGAUGAUACUCUUUCUGACUGGAAUUUAAGGAAAUGUUCUGCUGCUGCUCUAGAUGUCCUAGCUAAUGUAUUUCGUGAUGAACUUCUGCCACACAUCUUGCCCCUUUUGAAGGAAUUGCUUUUCCAUCCCGAAUGGGUAGUUAAAGAAUCUGGUAUCCUUGUUCUUGGAGCAAUUGCUGAAGGCUGCAUGCAGGGUAUGAUUCCAUAUCUUCCUGAGCUGAUCCCUCACCUUAUUCAGUGCCUUUCUAAUAAAAAGGCUCUUGUGCGCUCCAUUACUUGCUGGACUCUUAGUCGCUAUGCACACUGGGUAGUUAGUCAACCCCCAGACACAUACUUGAAGCCAUUAAUGACUGAGUUGCUAAAGCGCAUUCUGGAUAGCAACAAGAGAGUACAAGAAGCUGCCUGCAGUGCCUUUGCUACUCUAGAAGAGGAGGCUUGUACAGAGCUUGUUCCUUAUCUUGCAUAUAUACUUGACACUUUGGUCUUCGCAUUUAGUAAAUACCAGCAUAAAAACCUGCUCAUUCUUUAUGAUGCUAUAGGAACUCUAGCAGAUUCUGUAGGACAUCAUCUAAAUAAACCAGAAUAUAUUCAGAUGCUAAUGCCUCCAUUAAUCCAGAAGUGGAAUAUGUUGAAGGAUGAAGAUAAAGAUCUCUUCCCUUUAUUAGAGUGCCUGUCGUCAGUUGCUACUGCCUUGCAAUCUGGCUUUCUUCCAUACUGUGAGCCUGUGUACCAGCGUUGCGUAAAUCUGGUGCAGAAGACUCUUGCACAAACCAUGUUGCACAAUGCUCAGCCCGAUCAAUACGAGGCUCCAGAUAAAGAUUUCAUGAUUGUGGCUCUUGAUUUACUCAGUGGUUUAGCUGAAGGACUUGGAGGCAACAUUGAACAGCUAGUGGCUUGCAGCAAUAUCCUGACACUAAUGUACCAAUGCAUGCAGGAUAAAAUGCCUGAGGUACGGCAGAGUUCUUUUGCAUUGUUAGGUGAUCUGACAAAGGCGUGUUUUCAGCAUGUUAAACCUUGCAUCGCUGAUUUCAUGCCCAUUUUGGGAACAAAUCUAAACCCUGAAUUCAUUUCUGUAUGUAACAAUGCCACCUGGGCUAUUGGAGAAAUCUCCAUCCAGAUGGGUAUAGAGAUGCAGCCUUAUAUUCCAAUGGUGUUGCACCAGCUUGUAGAAAUAAUUAACAGACCCAACACACCAAAGACAUUGUUAGAGAACACAGCAAUAACAAUUGGUCGUCUUGGUUUCGUUUGUCCUCAAGAGGUGGCCCCCAUGCUACAGCAGUUUAUAAGACCCUGGUGCACCUCUCUGCGAAACAUAAGAGACAACGAGGAAAAGGAUUCAGCGUUCCGUGGGAUAUGUACCAUGAUCUCAGUCAACCCCAGUGGAGUAGUCCAAGACUUUAUUUUUUUUUGUGAUGCUGUUGCAUCAUGGAUUAACCCAAAAGAUGAUCUCCGAGACAUGUUCUGUAAGAUUCUUCAUGGAUUUAAAAAUCAAGUUGGGGAUGAUAAUUGGAGGCGUUUCUCUGACCAGUUUCCUCUUCCCUUAAAGGAGCGCCUUGCAGCUUACUAUGGAGUUUAACCUUAUGCACUUUAGCUGCAGUCCCAUAAUUAGAGGUCCUUCAGUCUGGGAGACUAUGAGGGAGCUUCUGCACCCAGGGAAA